AGCGUGCGGUUAUGUGAGAGCGUCUAGUUUCAAUUCAUUUUUAAUGUUUUUGUUUAAAAAUAAUUUACUGUAAUCAUUGUUAAUACGAAAACUCACAAGAAGUGCAUAUUUCAACGUAACAUAAAAUGGGAUCGUCUAAAAAGCAUAAGAAACACAAAUCCGAGCGCAGAGAAAAAUAUGAAGAAUAUAGCAAUAGCAUGGAUCCUAAUCAACUCCAACGAGGUUUGAAAUUAAUUCUUAAAGUAGGCUCCAAUUCCACACCCGAAUACAGUGGUGAUUCUCCGCUUGCCGGUCCACCAACUGCCGUAGAGGCAAUGAUGUCUGCAGCGCCAAGUAGUCCCAUGGCUCAAGAUGAGCAACAUGGCGAAUACCAUGGAGAAAAACACAAAAAAUCAAAGAAGAAGAAGAAAAAGAAGGACCGAGAGAAGAAACAUAAACAUCAUAAAGAAAAACGGCACCGCAGCGAGCGGCAUGAACAAAAUAGUGGUGCCGAAUACCGAGAUGCUACUGCUGAUCUUCCGAAUGAAGAGUGUAAAAUGGAUGAAGAGAUUCAAACGACAGCUGCUACAGUACCUGUUGCACAACGUAGCCCUAGAAGUGCGCCACCACCAAUUGUGGAUGGCGAUUCCAGCCAAGAUGGCUUCAGUUUUAUAGAAGAUGGCGAUUCGCAACCGUUACCAGAAAAUAUACUUUUAUAUGCGGGUAUCACAACUGAUAAUUCACCAUCUUGUCGACCAGUGUCAAAACCCAUAGUGCCACGUAAAUCCGAUGAUACGUUAAUGGACUCGCCUGCAUCCUCUUCUAUGCAAUCUUCUUCAUUUGGGGCAGCGGUAAUUGGAGGGAUUAGUCCUACAAAACCUUUACAGGACCUAUUAAUUCCGUCGCCAUCAGCAUCGACAGCAGCAUCAACACCCGGUGGAACUAGUUCUUUGGCUGCGCUUACACCAAAACCGUUAGAGGCACCGAAAACUCCAAGCUCAUCAAGUGAAUCUGGUCGAGAACCGCGUACUUGUGUGCUUAAAUUGAAACAGCAAAAGUCGCCUUUGAAUAAGUUAUUAGAUCAUUUGUUACGUUUUCUUGAAAAAAGGGAUCCUCACCAAUUUUUUGCAUGGCCUGUUACUGACGACAUAGCUCCCGGUUAUUCUUCAAUAAUUACUAAACCGAUGGAUUUUUCCACCAUACGCCAAAAAAUAGACGAUAGCGAGUAUAGCACUUUAACCGAGUUCACUGAUGAUUUCAAGUUAAUGUGCGAGAAUGCUAUCCGAUAUAACCAUGUUGAUACCGUUUAUAAUAAGGCCGCAAAACGGCUACUACAAGUAGGCACGAAGCAUCUUAUGCCUGAAAAUUUAAUACGGAGUCUCAAACCUUUAUCGGGUUACCUGCGUGACUUAACUGCUAAGGAACUAGGUUUCGAUUUACAUGGUGAUUUUGGUAGUUAUGAUCACCAUGCUAUCGACUCAGCAGAUGAAGGCGCUUCCACGGGAGCGGAAGAACCAACUGCUGCACAAUUAGAAGAGGAGGAAAAAAGGCGAGCACUUCGCCUAGAGAAUGAACCAAAAACUCGCUUUGAACCCUAUGUAGAUGAUCUAACUUCCGAAGAGAUACUGGCACAGGUACAAGGAGCGGCACUAGCUGCCAAAAAAAGACUAUCAGCAAAGGAAAAAGCCCAUAAAAUGGGAUUCUUGCGACAGAAUAGAGAUGGAACCACUUCGCUAAAUUUACUUAUUAAAGAUGAAAACGAGGGACCAGAAAAAGUGGUUACCCUUGGUGAACUAGUAGGCAAAUUGCAGUCCGGCUCCGGACAAUUGUUUUCUUUGCGAGAAGACAAACGAAAUGAUGCGAAAAUGGUUAAACCACUUAAUUAUGGAGCUUUUGCUUCCUUUGCGCCAAGCUUUGAUUCGCGGUUUUCAAAUCUAAGCCGCGAAGAAACCCAAUUGGUAAUGCGAACUUAUGGUGAUGCUACAAGCACUGAGUAUGCUGAAAGCAUAUUGGAAUUCACCAAAAAUUCUAAUUACGCACUAACUCUGGCUAAUGGCUUAUUGGACAUGCUCACUAACGGUGAGCACAGUAAAGCAAUGUCAGAUCUUUAUGACAUGCAAGUACAAAAUCACGAACAGAAUGAAGUCUUCAAGUGUUUUAGUGCAUGCGGUGGAUUUGGUGGUCUUCAAACUGUAAAUACAGCAUCUGAGACGCGGGAACAAAUUGAAGAAGAAUAUGAAAAGUACAAAAACACACGCAUUGAUUUCAAUCGCUUACGUACCCUAAAAGAUCUGGGCAUAGAUAUCGACUUUUUAGAUAACAUCGAAUCUGAAAUGAAAAACUUCGAAUUGACUCGUCGUCUUCAGGAACAUUUGAGCAAUAACCUGAACUUAAUUGAAAAAUUGCGUGCCACUCAACACGAGCGAUUAUCACAGCCACUGCCUCAACAUUUGGCAUUUGUGCCACAAGCUGGUGCUGAGGAAGUGCAUCUGGCACACCAAAUCACCCAGCAACUUAGUGAUGUUGCUAAGAAAUUACCACCAUCGGCUGUAGUAGAUCCAUAUAGUCUUCGUAAAGCGAUGGGAAUGUCAAAUGUUGGUCUACCACCACCUCCCCAAUCUGUCAAUCAACGUGUAACAUUACCAGAAGUUCUUCAACAACCAGUAUCAAUGCCCCAAUUACAACUAGAUUCGCAAAAUACCACUAUUGGCAUCUCAAAUGACGAUGGGUCUAAUGUUUCGGGCACCGGUAUGCGUAUGGAAAUAGAUGAUGAGGAAUUGCGCGAAAUUCUGGAGAGCGGUAACAGCGAUUUAAAUGCCCCGGCCAGCGCCGAUGAAAAUCCUUGGUUAUAGAAAGGGGAGGCAACAAUGGACUUGUUUUACACAUAGUUUUGUUGUCGACUAUUACAUUUACUGAUAAAUAUUUUUAUAAUUGUUUUUGCCAACAUAAAAUAAAGGCAAACACUUCUCAAUAAUUUAAAUUAAAAACACAGCA